AUGAUUUUAAAGGUUCUUCGCAGCAGUCCCAGCCGGGUUAUCGUACGGCAAAUGCACAGUACGGGCGGUUCCGGUAAGAAGACAUCUGUGAUAAGAAUCAUUGGCAGUGCCGUAUGCAUUGGUGGAACUACGGCCGCCCUAGCAUACCAUUGGCUGAAUCGGAAUGAAGUACAAAUGGCAGCCGUUGGCUCCAGUCACAAAUUUGCCAGCGUUUCUCGGUAUAUGGCCGAACCGAUCACCAGUCGGCAGGUGCUUGAUGCGAACAGUACCGAUAUGAAGAGUCGCAUGGAGGAGCUAGUAAUGCGGAUACAGUACAACUUUUGCCGCUCGCUGGAAGCGGAAGAAAACUUCGGGAAGAAGUUUCUGGUGGAUCGCUGGGAACGAAAUGAGGGAGGCGGUGGAAUUACCUGCGUGCUGCAGGAUGGCGAUGUGUUUGAAAAAGCCGGUGUAAAUAUAUCGGUGGUUCAUGGAAAUCUUCCCCAGGGCGCCAUUCAGCAAAUGCGCUCUCGCGGAAAACAGCUGGCCGAAGGAGAGCUGCCCUUUUUCGCCGUGGGUGUAAGCGCCGUAAUACAUCCACGCAAUCCAAUGGUUCCGACGAUCCACUUCAACUACCGAUACUUCGAGGUAACCGACUCGGCGGGCCAAAAACAGUGGUGGUUUGGCGGUGGUACGGAUCUUACACCGUACUAUCUAAAUGAAAAGGAUGCGGAACACUUUCACCGCACGUUGAAGGAAGCGUGUGAUCCACAUGACCCUGCUUACUACCCUCGGUUUAAGGAAUGGUGCGACAAGUAUUUCUUUAUACCGCAUCGUAACGAGAGCCGUGGUGUCGGUGGCAUUUUCUUCGAUGAUUUGGAUGGGCCGGAUGCCGAGCGAGCGUUCGAUUUCGUGUCAUCUUGCGCACAUUCCGUCGUUCCAUCGUACCUACCGUUGGUUCGCCAACACAAAAACGACCCGUACGGCGAUCGGCAUCGGCAAUGGCAACUGUUACGGCGUGGCCGAUACGUUGAGUUUAAUCUCAUAUAUGAUCGCGGCACUAAAUUCGGUUUGUACACGCCUGGUGCCAGAUAUGAAAGCAUCCUAAUGUCGCUGCCACUGAAUGCGAAAUGGGAGUAUAUGAAUAUACCAGUGAAAGGUACGGAAGAAGCCGCUAUCAUUGAGGUCCUCCAGAAACCCAAAAAUUGGAUUAAAUUAUAA